GCGAGCAUCAUCGAUUACAAAUGCCGGCCGUACACACCAAACAUGGUGGAAGGUGGGCGGCGUGUGAAUGCUGGUUCCGAAUUCAUCCAUCACAUAAACGCCAAAAACUGCAAAAUAGUAGCGUUUUUUGUUGUCAUCGGUUUUGUGGUAUACCACAGCAUUAUUCACCUGACUUACGGCAUUGACACCUGCAAAUGGCUUCUUAGCGAUGGAAGGUUUCAAGGUUACCAUGUCUGGCAACCCUACGGCUGCAUGUUGCACACCUACAGCAAUGCAGAGAGUCGAAUGUGUAUGCGAUACAUUGCAUACUGGGGUGGCAAGAACCAUAUCGUGUUCCUUGGCGACUCCCGAAUCCGCCAGCUCUACCUCGCGUUCCUGCGUCAAGUUCAGGCUUCGGCGAGUGCCUCGGAAGGGGAUACGAAACCUCAGCAUGACCUGAAAUUUAUUGAUAAGGACCUGAAGCUGACUGUUGAAUUUAUAUGGCAACCAGUGGUAAAUACUUCAAUGUACAACGCAUACGAGAGGUGGCUCUUACUUCCAGCCCGGGAGCGCCCCACUGUGGUGGUGACGGGCAGUGCAACAUGGUUCAUUAAGAAAUUUAAUGCCAGUGAAGCCGCAUUAGAACAAUACCGGACCAAUAUGGUGCACCUUGUUCCCUACCUCGACCAUCUGGCAAACACCACGCGUGUUUUGUGGGUCAUGCAAGGUCCGGUGACACCAGGAAAGCUAGACCCCUCUCGCAAGAUGAUUACUAAUGAGCAGAUAGACCUUUACAAUGAAGCAGCUGCAAAUGCUUUGCGCUACAGUAAUGUGGAUCUGUGGAGUUCAGUACGACUUAUAUCACUUGGAUACAACAAUGACCAAGAAGAUGGACUACACACAGGAAUGUUUGCCGUAAAUUAUGCAAUACAGAUUCUAACAAACAUGUACUGCAAUGAUCACAUGAACUACAAUGAUGGAACUUGCUGUAGCAGCUCGGAGCCUGUCACCAUGCUUCAAAUUGUUACUUUUUCAGCAUUCGGUGUCUUAUCUAUCCUUGCGAUUGCCAUGUUUGUCCACAGAAAGCUCAUGGCACGGAGGCUCCUGCUUUUUCACGGUGACACGCGGCCACUUGUCAUUGGCUCCAUAAAACAUGACAAAACAGAGAAUUCAUGGUACUCCCUCGUUGUGAACCUUGCAAAGCUUGGAUUGAUCAUGAGCUAUUUCUUCCUAUGUGAUAGGACCAAUUUUUUCAUGAAGGAGAACAAGUACUACACUCAUUUCAACUUCUUCUUGCCUGUGGCGUAUGUGUUUGCACUUGGCUUGUUCUUUACAGAGGAAACUCAACAUACUCAAGUUCUUCACCGAGAUCAAACCAAUGAGUGGAAAGGUUGGAUGCAACUAAUCAUUCUUAUCUACCAUAUGACUGGUGCUAGCCAGGUCCUACCCAUUUACAUGCACAUACGAGUUCUGGUAACGUCCUACCUGUUUCUGACAGGGUAUGGACACUUCACAUACUUCUGGCACAAAGGAGAUUUUGGUCUCUAUCGAUUAUGGCAGAUGCUGUUUCGCAUGAACCUGCUUGUCGUUGUCCUCUGCCUUUGUAUGAACAGGCCUUAUCAAUUCUACUACUUUGUGCCUCUGGUGUCUUUUUGGUUUGUAGUGGUGUUUGUUACUAUGACAACCAUACCACAGGUGGUUGCAACGUCUGCUGAAGCAAAUCCAUUGCAGUACCUUUAUCUGGUUUUAAAGUUUGUAGGCUUGUUAUCUGUGGUUACCGUGUUAUAUCUCUCAGAGGUAUUCUUUGAAAAAAUUUUUGUGACUCGUCCAUGGAAAGCUCUGUUUGUUACGACGGAUGAUUCUAUCAAAGAAUGGUGGUUCAGAUGGAAGAUUGACAGAUAUAGUGUAGCAAGUGGCAUGCUGUUUGCCCUAGCACACUACGUAAUGAAGCAGUACAAGGUCAUUGACGAUAACAAUCAUGGGAACCUUUUUUCAAGGGGCCUCUCACUAACCGUAACUCUGGCAUCUCUCAUAGGAAUAGGGUUCUAUACGACAUUUGCCUUUGCUUGCCGAGCAAAGCCGGACUGCAAUGAAAUCCAUGCGUACAUCUCUUUUGUGCCAAUCAUAUCCUACGUCAUUCUGCGCAAUAUCAGUGGCCUUCUUAGGACCAGGUACAGCACAUUUUUUGCCUGGUUUGGAAAAAUUUCUCUGGAGUUAUUCAUAGCACAAUACCACAUCUGGCUGGCAGCCGACACACACGGCGUUUUGGUACUGGUACCAGGCUACCCUGUGCUGAAUGUCAUCGUGACAUCAUUCAUUUUCAUCUGCAUCUCGCACGAAAUUCAUCACUUGACGGGCAAGCUGGUGGUGUACGCCAUCCCUGCGGACUGGAAAUACCUUGUGCGCAACUUGGCAGUGUUCUUUCUGGUACUCAUUCCAAUUGGGAUCCACGAUGGAAUGUUUUAAGAUCCCCAAAGACUCUCAUCUGAGGCGUGGAAACUAAAUGAUGAGGAUGGUUGAAAACUUAAUGCGGUUAAAUUCGUGUUCUCCAUAAUGUGAUAGCCCCCCCCGCAGAGAACUGAGCGGUGACGUUCUCAGGGGCAGUUGUAGAGUGGGGGAAGUACUUUUCCAACACCCCUACAGUGUAUCUAGCUCGUAAUGCACUUUAGGAGAGCAAACGUUCAAUCAUUUUAGAGAGCUGUGCUCUGCAAUCACCACUGGUCUCCAUGUUAUGUCUAUGUUGCCAUAAAAAAUUGCCGAAUGCCACCAAUGCUGGUGGCAUUCACGGGCAUGUCACGUGAUGGGCGUUCUCGUUGAGUGGCAGUAAUUUUGCUUGCUUCUUCGGGUCUCAUUUGUCUAAGUUACUUCUAAGGUCAGGGCAUGACACGAUUAACUGCAUGGCUUCAGUGCUAUAAUCUGUAGGCUGUGUGUUGCGCAGAGGUGCAUCUUUGCAGAGUUUAGAUGAGAGCUUACUUUCCAGGUGCACAUUUUGUUUCCCCAAAUUUUCCAAAAUGCAACUGUGAGCUUGCAGUGAUAAUUCCUGAGAUGUGCACUGUGUGGGAUUAGCAGUUGUGUACGAGCUUAUCCUGUAAAGAGAUGUUUAAAGUGGAUAACAUAUUGGCACCUUGCCAAUGGUAUGUAUUGGUGGCUUGCCAAAGUGAUGUACUGGUAUUUUGCCACAGCUGUGGAGGCUGACGGGAAAGUAUCUGAUUAGGUAGUCAUGGCAUUGGCUAUAUGAUUUAGGCAUUUUGAAUGUAGUCUGCACGUCAUUGUUCACAAACUCUUUCUAUUUGUUUUUGCACUCUCUAAGACUUGAUCAGAGUAUCAUAUGUAGACACCUGUUGUUGCAUACCGCUGUCGUUGUGUGUGAUGACAUCUCAUUUUUUUAGGGACAGAUAACUGCAUACUUAUGGGUUAUUUGUCGAGAAAGUGGUCUAGUCCUGCUAGAAAUUGUCAUUUUUUAAAAAUUAGUUCCCAUUAUCUUGCCAAGGAACACAACUAAGGAAGAACUCGUACUUAUGUGUAGUAUCUAUGUUUUCUUGUGCAGUUGUAUGAAUGUAUGUGUCAUUUGAGGUGUGGAUGUGAACGAUGUUAUUGUAACUAUGAGUAGCAGUGACAAUUUUACGAGCGAUAUAUUUUGUUUCUAGUGUGAACUUUGUUUCAUUCCAUGUUAAUGUUAUUAUGCUAGAGCACUGUAACCAUCUGUUUUAAGUAAUAUAAGCAUCAAACCUUCACAAUGUCAGAUUGGUGCGCAUAAAGUUCACCGAUCAUUCUCUGAACCACCCAUAGCAUGGCAUCAUGUGAGAUGAGCAUAUUAGUAGGUAGCAAGUUUGCACAGUGUGGGUCAACGGUGCCUUUCUGCUUGUGAGAGCACGGAAAGGUCCACCACAACCCCUACUGCACCCUGACACAGGCUAAUACUGUGCUCUGGCAUACACAAUUUCAGAAAAGUUUCCUCAUCCAAGUGCACGUUUCUAAGAAACAUGCUGGUCAGAGUUGAUGUAUACUAUUUUGUUUUCAUGACAGCUGCGCAUGAUACAGCUUUACAAUUUGUACAAUAAAUUGAGCAGUUGCACCAUA